AUGCCCACUUCACAGAGCUUGGCUCAAUUUCCCAGACGAAUGGCCGAAUUGAUGUGUGGUGGUUGCGGCGGCGACGAUCUGCAUGAUGGCUACUUCUCUCUGCCCGAGACGCAACCUGAGAUCUACGAAUCGGGCAAGCCAUACUCUACAGAAACGCAGCCAAUGAUAGGAACUCAAAUUCUACCAGAAGCUACUGGGUUUCCCCUAGUCGACACAAAAGAUCUCAGCCAAGGUGUCUUCAGCGAGGAUUCGGCGCACACUACCUCGGCACAAGCAGCAUUUGCCCAGGAGAGUCGGCUGCAGGCCACGCCAGAUUUCAUCCAGGAUCGUUUCCUUUAUACCCACGAUGCUGUAUUUCCCAACAUCUUCUCAAAUCAACUUGUGAAGCAAGAACAGGAUCUGCUCGGCUCGCCUGUCUUCGGACAAGACAUUUCAUUGCGUAGCGAACAAGCCCACGCCAGCUAUGUGUUUAACCCAAUGAACCCAUCCAUCCCACAGUCGAUACCACAAGCCGAUCGUGGCGGAAAGCGAGGACCGUUUCGCGAUCCCAAUCUUCGAGAACAAACUGCUCAGACAAGAAAAAUCGGUUCUUGUAUCCGAUGUAGAAUGCAACGAAUACGCAAAGUUUCCAACACGAAAGCAGGCAGGUUUCCAUGUCUGAGAUACAAAAUCACCGACAUUAGACUUUUCAAACCCGGGCAAGUUCCAGGAUACGAAUGGACGCGGCGGUGGAAUAACAACAUAUCUGAUCCGAUUCAAAAAUGGGCAUCAUCGGAUGUCAAGUUCAUCCGUAUCUCGACGGGCUAUUCUACGAAAUCCAUUGAAUUGAGAGUCCGAAAAUUUGUACCACAAGAGGGCGACAAACUAGAACGGACGUGGGAUUUUGAAGGAAAAAAGAGAUCGGUGAAGAUCCCGCCUUAUGCUUUGAUGGACCUAGAUGACGGAAAGUCAGCAUAUAUGUCUUAUAUUCGAGAUGCCAUGGGCGAUACUCUGCAACAUGUAGCUCAGCGCUCCAGUGGCCUGCUGAAGAAGACGUAUAUCCAGGCGUUCCGAAUGUACCAGGAUCCAUCGAUGCCCGAGGACUGGAGACAACUUUUUGACUGGACCUUCAGACUAUGGGUCGCUGUUCGACUUUCAACGACAUCAGAGUUUAUUGUUGGCGAAGAAAAACUAGGCAUGCCAGACAACAUUCUAGACAGCACAAGUCCCCAUAGUGGCAAGAUUCCUGUUCCGCCUGUCCUUGGUGCGCAGUUGGACCUCGUCUUGAUUCAUCAUAUCCAAACCAAACUCAGACGCGAACUGCUGGACAAGUUGCAGAAAAUGAUUUUGAAGAACAAGCAAAGCACCUGGUUUGUAACGUAUCUGGUGACCUUUAUGCUACUGCACAACGCAGCACUGAUCACGGCACACGAUGCCGCAUAUGCUCGGAAGCAUGGAAUGAAGCGUCGAUUUGCGCGCGAGGACAAGGUGAAGGAAUACUUUCUUGGCGCAAACAUCCUUUUGGCUCAUUUCCACUACUGUAACAAGGGUUGGUAUCCAUUCUCGGAGGAUUGUAAGGACCAGGAUCUGCGGACACUUGCAGAUCUAAAUGAAGACAAGAUUCGGUUUGUACAGGCGACGAGGGAGUAUGCCAGGGAUCACAAAGGAGAAUGGGACAAACUGCGUGAGCGAGGAAGCUGGGAGGAUGAUUACUUUUUUGUCAGCCAACUUUUUGAGGAGAACUGGCACCCCCGGUCUGACGCAUAG